AUGGGUGUCAGAGAGGCGGCCCCCUCGGCAACUGUCAAGUUCUUCGGCGCUGGCGCUGCGGCUUGCGUUGCCGACCUGGUCACCUUCCCGUUGGACACGGCAAAAGUCCGACUACAGGUUCAAGGCGAAAUUCAGAAGGUCGAGGGUACCAACUCGAGACGAUACCGAGGGGUGUUUGGCACCAUCAGCACUAUGGUGCGCACGGAGGGCCCUAUGAGUCUUUACAAUGGACUGGUCGCAGGACUGCAGAGGCAGAUGAGCUUUGCCUCCGUACGAAUCGGUCUUUACGACUCUAUGAAGCAAUUCUACACUAGAGGCACUGAAAGUUCAGGAAUUGUCACAAGACUCAUGGCAGGAUGCACCACCGGUGCCAUGGCUGUGACCUUCGCCCAACCGACCGACGUGGUGAAGGUGCGCUUUCAAGCCCAGGCACGUCUGCCCGAUGGUGGGAGGAGAUACAACGGGACUCUAGAUGCUUAUAAGACAAUCGCGAGGGACGAGGGCGUACGAGGGCUUUGGAAAGGGUGCAUGCCCAACAUUACCCGGAACGCCAUUGUCAACUGUGCAGAGUUGGUGACCUAUGACAUCAUUAAGGAGGUCAUCUUGAAAUAUAACUUAAUGACAGAUAACCUGCCAUGUCACUUCACCGCCGCUUUCGGCGCAGGCUUCUGCACCACCGUGGUGGCGUCUCCUGUGGACGUGGUCAAAACCCGCUUCAUGAAUUCAGGCGCCAACCAUUACAGUAGCGCCAUCAACUGUGCCCUCACCAUGUUGAAGAAUGAAGGUCCCACAGCCUUCUAUAAAGGGUUUAUGCCGUCUUUCCUGCGACUGGGUUCCUGGAACAUCGUCAUGUUCGUCACAUAUGAACAAAUCAAACGAGGCGUGACACAAUACUGGGAGUCGCCCUUUUGA